AUGGUGGAGUCUGAGCGCCUCUCAGCCCGUGGCUGCUGGGCUGCCUUCACCAACUUCUUAUGCACCAGAAAGGGAACUCUCCUAUUUGCUGAGAUUGUAUUGUGCCUGGUGAUUCUAAUCUGGUUCAGCCUCUCAACACCAGGAUACUCCUCUCUGUCAGUGGUUGAGAUGAUCCUUGCUGAGAUCUUCUUUGUCGUCUACAUGUGUGACCUACCCACCAAGAUACAAAGCAUCAACUGGCCUUGGACUGAUUUCUUCCGAUCCCUCAUUGCAGUCACCCUCUACCUAAUCACCUCCAUUGUUGUCCUUGUCGAGAGAGGAAAUUGCUCCAUAAUCAUUGCAGGGGCACUGGGCCUCGUUGCUGUUUGCCUCUUUGGCUAUGAUGCCUACAUCACCUACCCCUUGAGGUAA